GAGAAAGAGAAAACACCAGAAAACACUCGAUCAUUCAUUAUUUGCAAUUGCAAGGAUUUUUUCAACCCCCGCCCGUCCCUGAUCGGCUGAUCAACAUCGUGAUGUUAAAUAAGUUGCAUAACUCAUUUGCCGGAAUUUCGUAAAUUUUGAUUGGUGAAAAGUUGACACGAGCGUCUGGAGUCUGACAUUACACAAAACCUAUCCGCCAAUCAGAAUCUGUUAGGGAGGAGUUUCUCGUUAUCACGUUUGAAUAUCAUAUUAUCAGAUGCUAACGAACUCAAUUUUGAAAAAAAACAUCAAAAAUGUAAAAUUUCUAUGAUGAAAUAGAUGAAUAAAUAAAAUUAAUAUACUUCCAUCAAUUCAAAUGUCGCUUUGAAAAUGAAAAAAAGUAAAAACAUGUCCAAAUUGACUUGGUAAGAUCACUAAGAUCGUUGAUUUUCAUGUGUGUGUUGUGAUGUUACUGAUUAUUAAAAGAAUACGUAAUGAAAACGGUUUACUUAGUUUUUUAUUUAUCUAAUUUCAAUAGUACCUAUGACAUUUGUGCGGAAAGAUUUUGCGAAAUAUACAGCACUUCGAACGCAUUUGAAGAAAAUAAAUUCAUACUCUUGAAACAUCAUCCAUUCAAGACCUCGUACUUGGGAAGAAGGAAGGCGUUUUCAAAUUCAAUUGCUCACACUUCUCAAAGUCCUUCAAUUUAAUUAUUUAAAUCAUUAUUAUAAUCAUCAUCUUCUCUCUUACUUAUACUUUACCAGUUCGCUUUUUCUGAAAUCUGAAAUGAAUGAUGUUUCAAAGUGAGAUUGACUGUUAUCUAUUUUGGUAACAAACUACUUUUUCAACAUACAUAGUAUGAGAUUUAAAUUUUGUGAUUACUUCAUUAUUUUCAUUUCGUGCUGAAUUAAACAGUCAUCUACGUCUAUUUUUUUACUUUAUUGAUCAUUUAUACAUUCAAACUAGUUCGAAUUGAAAGGAUGAUGAUAAGCACAAAAAUAAAUAAAGUGCUACUUGCAAUAUGAUUGGCGGAUAGGUUUUGUGUAAUGUCAGACUCCAGACGCUCGUAAAGUAGACUAGAGCAGCGACUCUGGUGAAUAAAACUUACAACUAUUUCCUUAUCAUUCUCCACUUCCUUAUCAACAUGUGUUUUUGAUUGAGCAAAAUUGUGCCAUAAUUGUGCCGAAAUUUCUUCAAAUUUGAAAUCAUCUAGGAAAGUUCUGUUUCAUUCUAUUCAUGACUUUAUUAUCCAAUCGAACAAAAUGUUAUCCGUGAUAACUUUUGUAAAAAAUAAUUUUCAUGCCGGAGCCGAUUUCUAUUCACAAUCUCGUACUGCGCCCGGUCUUGAUGAAGAAGGUAAACCUUGUAGAGCUUGUAACGAUUUUAAAUCGUGGUUCAAAAAUCAAAGCGAAGAAGACCACAAAAAGAAAGAAUGCCCUUUGACGAAGAGCGAACUAGGUAAUAGUACGUGGGGCGUUCUUCAUACCAUGGCCGCGUAUUACCCCGAAAAACCGACUCCUGAUGAUCAGAAAGAUAUGAAAGAAUUUUUCCGAAUUUUUUCGAGAUUUUACCCAUGUUCAACCUGUGCUCGAGAUUUCAGCAGAUUGAUAACGAAAGAACCUCCGAGAACUGAGUCCCAAAACGAAUUGAAACAUUGGUUAUGUUGGGCUCAUAAUCAAGUAAAUAAGAAAUUGGGUAAACCGCGAUUCAAUUGCGCCUUAUUAGACGAACGUUGGAAAACCGGAUGGAAAGAUGGAUCAUGUGAUAUAAAGGGAAAAUAGUCGACUAUAUUGUUACCAAAUUUUGUUAUACGAGUAAGUUAUGAAACUUUACUUGCAUUUUAAUUAAGUAAGUGCUGGUUUUAUUGUUUGUUUAAUUACGAAUAAAUCUUUCAUUUUACGAUUAAUUCGUCGAAUCAUGUACGUUCGAUUUUUUUCUACGUCGAAAAGGAUUUGUAAAUAUGGUAUUUAAAUUUCUAAUUUUAUACGUAGUAAUGAUGACGAAAUUUUAAACUGUGUUCCAUCAGUAUGAGAACUAAUAUUUGUACAAAUCACUGUACAGAUUUACUAAUUGUAAAAAUCAUUCUUUUUUUUUAAAUGUUGUAUUUUAGGUAUCUACGAGUAUUACGUUUCGUUGUUUUAAAUUUGUUAAAAUUGCACUGAAUUAUUGAAAAUAAAUCAUUAUUUAAUUGAUUCA